AAGGCCAGAUCAAGCCAUCCUGAGACAAAACGCAGAAGAAAAUAACAAUGGCGUCGGCGACAAAAGUGAGAAGGAUCAAGCUGGGCUCUCAGGGCCUGGAGGUCUCGGCGCAGGGACUUGGCUGCAUGAACAUGUCGGCCUUUUACGGCCCACCGAAGCCCGAUCCGGAGAUGAUAAAGCUCAUCCACCACGCCGUCGAUUCCGGCAUCACCUUCCUCGACACUUCCGAUGUCUAUGGACCUUUCACCAACGAAAUCCUCCUCGGAAAGGCACUUAAGGAUGGAGUCAGAGAGAGAGUUGAGUUGGCGACAAAAUUUGGGGUCAGAUUUAAUGAUCAAGGAAAAAUGGAGGUGAUUGGUGAUCCGAAGUAUGUGAGGGAAGCUUGCGAGGCAAGUUUGAAACGACUCGGCGUUGAUUGCAUUGAUCUCUAUUACCAGCAUCGGAUCGACUCUCGACUACCCAUCGAAGUCACGGUUGGGGAGCUGAAGAAGCUAGUUGAAGAGGGUAAAAUAAAGUACGUCGGAUUAUCAGAGGCCUCAGCUUCAACAAUAAGAAGAGCACAUGCUGUUCAUCCAAUAACAGCCGUGCAAUUAGAGUGGUCUUUAUGGGCUAGAGAUGUUGAGGAUGACAUAAUUCCUACCUGCAGGGAAUUGGGCAUUGGUAUUGUUGCGUACAGCCCUCUAGGGAGAGGAUUCUUGUCCUAUGGAGCCAAGCUUGUAGAAACCAUGUCUAAUGAUGACUAUCGAAAGAAUCUACCAUGGUUCCGACCCGAAAACCUAGAGCACAACCAAAAGAUAAUCGAUCGAUUGAAUGAAAUUGCAGCGAGGAAAGGAUGCACCCCUUCCCAGCUAGCAUUGGCCUGGGUUCACCACCGAGGAAAUGAUGUGUGUCCUAUCCCUGGAACCACCAAAAUUGAGAAUUUCAACCAGAAUGUUGGAGCUUUGUCUGUGAAACUAACGUCAGAAGAAAUUGCCGAGCUAGAAUUGAUUGCUUCAGCCGUGAAGGGCGGUAGGAACGAUGAUUCCAUAGUUACUUGGAAGGAAUCCGAAACUCCACCAUUAUCUUCUUGGAAAUUCGAGUGAACUUUCACAUAUCUCAUCGCUUGAACUUUGCCGCAUGAUUUCUUUUUUUAGUUUCUUUAGGCUCCUAAGAAUAAAAUGUUGUCAAGUGAGUGUCAAUCUUGUUUGAUCUUCAGCAGAUAGAAAUGCCACGAUGUUUGUUGACCAAUAAAAGCUCGAAGAGUUGUACGAGUUCUCAAGUAAAAUAUGCAUCCAAAAUAAAUAUUAUGUUCAUCAAUGGUAUUAGGUUUAUAACCUCUAUUGAGUGGAAUUGUAACGGCCCGAUUUUUCAGAUUGUUA